GCUUUUAUUUUGAAAGCGCCGCCGGAAGUUGUGCUCCAACGGCUUCGCCACGGUCGCAGCUAACACACGGCGGCGACUGGCGCUCGGGGUUCGGCAGGGACGAGUCUCCCUCCGCUUUUCUCCCUCUCUGUGAAGAAAAGAAAACACAGACCGAGAGGAGAGGGGGAAAAAAAACACACACACCAACAAAUACUCCGAAGUUCUGCUUGAAAACUCCGAUGGAUUAAUGUGAUUUUCUGCGACGAUAGAGAAUGGGCUGUGUCCAAUGUAAGGAUAAAGAAGCAGCCAAACUCACUGAUGACAGAGAGACCAGCCUUUCACACAACUCGGGCUACCGCUAUGGGUCUGACCCCACACCGCAACACUACCCCAGCUUCAGCGUCACCACCAUCCCCAACUACAACAACUUUCACGGUGCGGCCACGCAGGGAGUGACCGUGUUCGGAGGAGUCCACUCGUCCUCGCAGUCUGGGACGCUUCGGUCUCGAGGAGGAACUGGGGUGACUCUGUUCGUGGCUCUGUACGACUAUGAAGCCAGGACUGAAGAUGACCUCAGUUUCAGGAAGGGGGAGAGGUUCCAGAUCCUCAACAGCACAGAGGGAGACUGGUGGGAGGCUCGAUCUCUUACUACAGGUGGAACUGGAUACAUUCCCAGUAAUUACGUAGCUCCUGUGGACUCAAUCCAAGCUGAGGACUGGUAUUUUGGUAAACUGGGUCGAAAGGACGCAGAGAGGCAGCUCCUUUCCGGUGGCAAUGCCAGAGGCACUUUUCUCAUUCGAGAGAGCGAAACAACCAAAGGGGCUUACUCUCUCUCCAUCCAGGACUGGGAUGACAUCAAGGGAGACCACGUGAAACACUAUAAGAUUCGCAAACUGGACAAUGGGGGCUACUAUAUCACCACCAGGGCCCAGUUUGAGACGCUCCAACAGCUGGUUCAGCACUACUCUGCCAGGGCUGCAGGGCUGUGCUGCCGACUGAUCGUGCCGUGCCACAAAGGCAUGCCUCGUCUCACGGACCUGUCCGUCAAAACCAAAGACGUGUGGGAGAUCCCGAGGGAGUCGCUGCAGCUCAUUAAACGUCUCGGCAACGGCCAGUUUGGAGAAGUCUGGAUGGGCACCUGGAACGGCACCACCAAGGUGGCAGUGAAGACUCUGAAACCUGGCACCAUGUCACCCGAGUCGUUUCUGGAGGAAGCUCAGAUCAUGAAGAAGCUCCGACACGAUAAGCUGGUGCAGCUCUACGCCGUGGUGUCCGAAGAACCCAUUUACAUCGUCACUGAGUACAUGAGCAAAGGAAGUUUGCUUGAUUUCCUUAAAGACGGAGAGGGCCGAGGCCUCAAACUGCCGAACCUGGUGGACAUGGCCGCUCAGGUGGCAGCAGGGAUGGCGUACAUCGAAAGGAUGAACUACAUCCACAGAGACCUGCGCUCAGCCAACAUCCUCGUCGGAGACGGCCUUGUGUGUAAGAUCGCUGACUUCGGCCUGGCGAGGCUCAUUGAGGACAAUGAAUACACAGCCAGGCAAGGAGCAAAGUUUCCCAUCAAGUGGACCGCUCCCGAGGCCGCGCUCUACGGGAAGUUCACCAUCAAGUCCGACGUGUGGUCCUUCGGUAUCCUGCUCACCGAACUGGUGACCAAAGGCAGAGUGCCGUAUCCAGGCAUGAACAACCGCGAGGUGCUGGAGCAGGUGGAGCGAGGCUACCGCAUGCCGUGCCCGCAGGACUGCCCCACGUCUCUGCACGAGCUGAUGGUGCAGUGCUGGAAGAAAGACCCCGAGGAGAGGCCCACCUUCGAGUACCUGCAAGCCUUUUUGGAGGACUACUUCACAGCCACUGAGCCUCAGUACCAGCCGGGAGACAACCUCUGAGCACGUCACGUGAUGACGCCGGAUGUCCACCAGAGGGCGCCACCUUCUUCUUUCUCAUCUUAGGAAAGCUUUUUGACUUCAUGAAUUCCAACCGAGGAGGAGC